AUGUUGUGUCUGUGCCCUCAGAACCCCACCCCAACGCCUCCCUCGUGCCCUAAAUGUCAAGUGGAGGGCCAGAGGUGUCGUGUGUUUUCGGCCGGUUGUACCCGAAAUGACUGCUGCACCACAUCUGGACUGACGUGCAGUUUGUUUAAUCCAAACGUUACGGACACCGGAGGCACUUGUGACUGUCAACCGGCACUGGAAUGCAUUCACGUGAACGGGACGUGUGGUGGGGUUCAGCAGUACAAGUGCUGUCUGGGCGAGCAGUUACAGUGUGUCUACGAGACACCCGUACACCCGGAGGCCCAGGGUACCUGUGAAAAGGUAUGUCACGUGGAGGGAGGCAUAUGUGGCGGCUAUAGUAUGGACCCACAGGUGUGUUGUACAGGAUUCAAAUGCAGCCAGGUUGAUCCACGCAUACCAGACUUGCCCGGCAAGUGUCAGAAGUCAACCGAUCAUUCAUCUGAUUUGAAUUAAAAGCUAUAUUUUUAUUGUUAAACAAAAAUUUACAAUUUUUAUUUAUUAUUUAUAAAAUAAAACACAAUUAUUACCAAUAUAUA